AUGAGUCGAUACAGUUUCUUCACAUUUUUAUCCGUGCUGUUAGCAGGGGUAUGUUCAGAGAAAAACCCCUACUGUGACUUGCACUGCUAUGGAGCUCCCAUGCAUACAGUUUGUGAAAGGAGUGCUGAGAAUUGCGGGCCAGACCCAGGCUGCGGUCCGGAUUUUCGAGAGGUUCCCUUCACCGAUGAGCAAAGACAACAGAUCUUGGAUCAACAUAACGAAUUGAGGAAUAAAGUUGCAUUGGGAAAGCAGGAUGGACAACCACCUGCAAGUAACAUGAGAGAGUUGACAUGGAAUAAGGAACUAGAAUACAUCGCUCAAUGUUGGAUGAAUGCUUGCAAAGGAGAUCCAAUGAAGCACGACAAGUGUAGAAGAACAGCUGAAUACAAGAAUGUGGGACAAAACUUGGCUGCCACCUAUAGUAAUGCCGAUAACUUCAACAUCAAGCCAGUUCUGACCCAACUCACCCAGGUGUGGUAUGAUGAGGUUAAAGAUUUCGAUCCAAAACUCGUUCCUUCUUAUCAAUGGGACUACCCCACUGGUCACUAUAGCCAGUUUGUCUGGGCCAAUACUUCGGAAAUCGGAUGUGCAGCUACGGUCUACUCUUCUCAAAAAAGUGGUAGGAAGAUGUUCGUGUUUUUAUAUGGCUGCAACUAUGGUCCAGCCGGAAAUUGGGAUAACCGGCCUGUAUAUGAGGAAGGAAAGCCAACUCUUCGAAGUGGUAGCAAAUUUGAGGGUUUGAUAUAG